AUGAAUACAUUAACAGAACAAAUAGACCCCUUAGAUAAAGAAGCAAAACAAUACAAAAAAUAUUCAUUCAAAGAAAAGAAAAAACUAAAAACUAUUGCUGGAGGUGCGUCUGAUAUUGGUGUACGUCAAGCAAAUGAAGAUACAUUCCGAAUUAUUCCUAAUGCUCAACAAUUAGUACCAAUGAAAAAAAAUAAAAAAAUGGGGUGUGAGUAUUAUGGAUUAUUUGAUGGACAUAAUGGAUUAGAAGCAUCAAAAUUUUGUGCUGAACUUAUGCACGAAGAAAUAUUAGAAGAUCCUGAUUUUGUUAAUGGAUAUUAUGAAAAUUGUAUGGUAAAUGCAUAUUAUAGAAUGGAUUGGUUAUUAUGUAAUUAUCAUAUUAAAGAUAAUAGUGGAUGUACAUCAGUUACUGCACUAAUACAAGGAAGGUAUUUAGUUGUAGCAAACGUAGGUGAUAGUGAGUGUCUUGUUAUUAAAUGUCGUUAUUCAAAUGAAGUUGAAGUAUUAACAUAUAAACAUACAGCAAAAGAUGAAUCAGAAAAACAGCGUAUGAAGUCAAAAGGAGGAAUAGUUUUUAAUGGUAGGGUAUAUGGUUCUAUGGUUGUUUCUCGAUCAUUAGGAGAUAAAACUUAUAAAGGUAAAGGAGUUGUUAUUCCUGAACCUUAUAUUAAUAUUUAUGAAUUAACAAGUGACGACAAAAUUAUUGUAUUGGCAUGUGAUGGCGUAUUUGAAAAAAUGUCAUAUGAUGAUGUUAUGGAUUAUGUAUGUACACAAAAACAACAAGGAAAAAAUCCUCAAGAAGUUGCAAGAAAUUUAAUUCAAGAAGCAAUAGCAAGAGGGUCUAGAGAUAAUGUUACAGCUGUUAUAAUAUUUCUGAAUUGGUGUUAG